AUGGCUACUGUUGUUCUUGUUACGGGUGCUACUAAGGGUAUCGGAAAGGGAUUCGUGAAACACUAUCUCCAACGCCCCAACACCACCGUCGUCGCAGCAGUGAGAGCACCGUCCUCUAGCGAAGCCGACAACAUCUCCCAGUUCGAUUGUGCGCCUAGCAGCAAAGCCAUCGUUGUUAAAAUCGAUGCAACAUCCCAAACGGACGCAAGCGACACUAUCAGGAUCUUAGCCGCAGAACAUGGAAUCGAUCGAUUAGACAUUGUAAUUGCCAACGCCGGCAUUUUCGAUCCAUCCGCCCAUCAAAAGGUGGUCGACAUGAAGCUCACCGACCUUCAGGAGCAUAUCGAUGUCAAUGCCUACGGGGUCAUCCGCCUCUUCCAGGCUACCUGGCCACUGCUUGAAAAGUCCAAGCAACCCAUAUUUCUGCUCAACUCGGCCGGCGCAGCAACCAUGGCUGGCAUGAAGACAUUUGCUCACUUCCCGCUCAAUUCGUAUGCCGCUUCCAAGAUGCUGGCCAAUUUCUUCAUCCUCAGACUUGCAAUUGAACAUCCCAACUUAAUUGCAUUUGCUGUGCAUCCUGGUUCCGUUGUCACGGAGAAUCGCACUGCCGCUGCGGCGAAACUUGGGGUGCCUAUUGACGGCCUCUCGGUGGAUCAGUGUGUAUCGAGCCUGCUGUCACUUGUCGAUGGUGCCACACUGACAACGACCUCUGGCACAUUUGUCAAUGUUGAUGGGACUCCAAUCCCUUGGUGA